AUGAAGGUCGCGAUUGUCACUGGUUCCAACCGCGGAAUUGGCAAAGGAUUGGUCGAGCGGUUUGCACGGGAGCUUAAGCCAGCCUCGGAUUGGCAUAUCUACUUGACUGCUCGGAACGAAAAGUUGGGUCUUGAGGCCGUUAAGUCACUAGAAGAAAAGGGUCUCUUUGUCAAGUUCCACCAGCUCGAUAUCACCAGUGAGGAGAGUCGCAAGCGCCUGGCACAGUUUAUUGAAGAGCACUACCCUGAUGGAAUUCACAUUCUUGUUAAUAACGCCGGCAUCCUGUAUGACAGUGAUCCUUCCGUAUCCUUUGGAGAGCGUGCAAGAGUAACCGUGAACGUUAAUUAUACGAGUAACGUAAAAAUGUGCACCGAAUUCCUCCCUCUCAUGGCGAAGGAAUCAAGACUGGUGAACAUGUGCACGGGCGACCUCGUGUGGGCUUUCCAGGGUGUAAAGAAGGAGAUAUCGGACAUGUUCAGAGGUCCAAUGACAUUGGACGAUGUGGACGCCGUCAUGGCCUCGUUCGUGAGCCACGCUGAAAAGGGCGAUCACCGAAAGGCUGGCUUCACAAACUCGGCCUACGGAAUCUCUAAGCUGGGCUUUUACAAGGCGACGGUCAUUCUGGCAGAACAAGUCAGGUCUGAUCCCCGCCAUAUACUCAUCAAUUGUUGUUGUCCGGGCUACGUUCGAACUGGCAUGACCGGUUACUGUGGUAACAAGACCAUCGAAGAGGGUGUCGACACGCCGUUUUACCUGGCGACGCUGCCCGAGGGCACAACAGAACCCCACGGACAGUUCAUCAGUGAGCGCAAAAUCGUCGACCUCGAUAAGCCCUUUUACUUCUGA